GUGUGGUGCUGUGAAAAAUUUUCCAACUCAUUCCUCCGUCGCAGCUAAUCAUUCUAAUCAGUGCUAAUGAAAAACCAUUUUCCUGGUUUUUCCGCGGCUGUAAAUUGAAUCCGUAUCGUUAAUAUAGUUUAGAAUGAACGAUUAGUGUUAGCAAAAGUGAAAUACCAGUGGAAUAGACGUCGAGUAAAAUCGUAGGACGCGAUUUCGUUCGGGAGUGAUUCUAGUGUUUUCAUCGCCCGAUCAUCCUUAUCAACAGAGACAAUGGACGACAACAUCAGGAAUCCGCUGGAUACCAAAAUUAAUGCCCUCAUCGAGAAGGUGUUCCUGAUCACUGUGAGUAAGGAUCCUCCGAAGGGCUCACGUGCUGGCCAACAGAUGGUAUACAUGGAGGAAGUGGCCCAAGGUUGCGAGGAGUCGUGUCUGCUGAAUUUGGAACUGCUGGAGCAGGCACUGUUCGAGCGGCUGCUUCUGUUCAAUCCAUCGGAUUACCUCAUUCCGAGCAAUGUAAGCACGGCGCAAACGGAGGACGUUGCCCAAACUAAGGUGCUCCUGUAUCUGUACGGGUGUUACGUGCGGAACUCGGAGGUGGCCAAUUUGAACGAUUCCAUCGCGACGGACACCGCGCAAAAGAUGAAGGGAUUGAUUUUGAGGAAUGCGUGCACAUCCUUGAAGCAGCCGGAUCUGUUCGAGGGGCAAAAUUUGUCCAACCAAUUGCUGGACCUUUUUAAAGCAGGAGAUGAAAAUCAAAGCCUGAAGGAACGAUUUGUUUCGGAAGCGGUGAAGGAAGUUUUCGUCGAUUCCGAUUCGGAGCAGGAAGGCUUCGAGGCACUGAGGGCCAUCUUCAAUCCGGCGUUUGUGGAGCUGGAGAAGGCGUUGAGGAGUGCCUCGCUCGUCAGUAUGGAACGCUGGAUCAUGCCGUUCCUGCAGGUGUUUGUCAGUGACAAGAGUAAUCCCCAGCUGGGGCAUCUGUUUUUGAAUUUCACGAGCCCCCCUGCGGGAGCGGAAGGUAUCAAGUACUCUGAAUCCGUACUUGGUCAGUUGCUUUCUCUGUCGAUUAUGCCGCGCAACCACAACGGACCGUACGAGUACUUCGACAACCAGCUGAACACGAACCGAUCGGCCUACGACAACCUGUCGUCAACGCUUUGGAACUACACCAAACUCCAUCUGGAGGCGCUGCACACUUUUGUAAAGGGAUUCCUUCUGAUCGGAGGCGACGUCCGUAGUAAAAUGCUCGACUGGAUCGGGAAAUGCUUGCACGCAAAUGUUCCCCGAGGACAAAUCUGGAACACGCACCAGAUGCAAAACAUUUUCGGAAACAUGACAACGGCGCCAGAUUCGUUCAGCGUAAAUCUAGCCGGAGUGUUGCUUCGUUUAUGUCAACCGCUGCUGAAGCCCCAGCUGAAGGUCAUGAUAGUAGAUCCGACAUAUUGUUCGGUGAAAGAAGCUGAUAAGACCGCCAAAGGUGUUCACAUGAAAGAUACCGAGAAGGAAACCUGCUUGCUACCGGUGGAAGAGAACGAAGAACGUCUGGAAGCGGACAAAUACAACUUUGUGACGGAGUGUUUCUUUAUGACCCACAAAGCCAUCGAUCUCGGCUUCCGGGUUUGCAUCGAGAAAUUCUUCCGACAGAACCGGGAGCUGCAUCGACUGCAGGGAGCCUAUCAGGAUGCGCUGGCCGGGGGAAUGUCCGGAGGUGCGGCCGAUGUGUCGAACAACAUUAUGAACAUGCUGUCCAGCCAGGCGCAGCAGUUCCUCUGUCUGCAGAACAUGCUUCGAGAACCGUCGACGGAUCUGCUGUUGUUGCAGUUUUACGAAGCCUCGGCGAUUUGGCUGACCCAGCUUGCCUCCCGGGAAGCAUCGAAGAUCGACACCCUGGACAAGGCCAAGGGAUUUGCCCCGCAAAGCGUAGACGAAGUUAAUCUUCCUUCGAGCAACGGAAUUUCCAAGGUUUUAAAAUGCAUUCCAGAGUACAUAAUGGAAAACAUCGUAGGAUAUCUUCAGUUUUCACGACACUUCGACAGCCAACCGCUUCGCGUCGACGUCGACGCUCAGAACAACAUUUUCACCAUGAUUUUGGUGUUCAUGGGUUCAUCGGAGCGCAUUCGGAACCCACAUCUGCGCGCCCGCCUAGCUGAAGGCCUCGAAAGUCUACUGCCCAAAGAAUCGGAAGGAUUCAGCUUCAGUGCUGCCCUCUUUUCCAACCACGUGCACCGCCUGGAAAUCAUUCCGAACCUGCUGCAAGUGUUCGUCAGCAUCGAAAUGACGGGUCAGAGUGUCCAGUUCGAGCAGAAGUUCAAUUAUCGUCGGCCGAUGUACGCCAUCAUGGAUUACCUGUGGAAGAUUGACGAACAGAAGCAGUGCUUCCGGACGCUGGAACGAGAAGCCAUCCGGAACAUAGAAGCCGAAGAUCCGCCUAUCUUCCUGCGGUUCAUCAAUCUGCUGAUCAACGAUGCCAUAUUUCUGCUGGAUGACUCCCUAAGCAAUCUACAACAGAUUCGACAACUUCAAGCCGCUGAAGACGCCGGAGAGUGGACCAGCCUACCGGCCAACGAGCGGCAACAGAACGUGGCCAACCUUCGGCACUUGGGAAUGCACGCCCGGUACGACAACAUCCUCGGCCGAGACACGAUCAACAUCCUACAGUUGCUCACGUCGGAAACGAAGGAAAUAUUUUGCCACUCGUCGAUGGUGGACCGGGUGGCCGCUAUGUUGAACUAUUUCCUGCUCAAUCUCACCGGACCGAAGAAGGGCAACUUCAAGGUGAAGGACAAAAAGGAGUUCGAGUUCGAUCCGGCCAACACGGUGUUGGAAAUUUGCCGCAUCUAUACCAACCUGCAGGAAUGCGAUGCGUUUUGUCUGGCGGUGUCCCAGGAUGGGCGGUCCUACAGUCCAAAGCUGUUCGAGUACGCCGAACAGGUUUUGACUCGCAUCGGCGGUGGACAGCUGAUAGGAGAAAUCCAAGAAUUCUCCACCCGUGUUCAACAGCUAGAGAAGCAACAGAAAAUCGACGAAGAAGCCCUCAUGGAUCCACCGGAUGAGUUCCUGGAUCCGAUCAUGUCCUCGCUGAUGAUGGAUCCCGUCGUUUUGCCCAGUUCUCGAAUAACCGUCGAUCGGUCCACCAUCGCGCGGCAUCUGCUGUCCGAUCAGUCCGAUCCGUUCAACCGCUCUCCACUGACGAUGGACCAGGUCAAACGGGAUGUCGAGCUGAAGGAGAAGAUCGACGCGUGGAUCAAGGAGAAGCGAGAAGAACACGCAGCCAAGUUGAGUAGCGAGGAGGUGAAACCGACAGACGAAUAGAAGAGAAGUUAGCCACUGUAGUAGCCAUGUAACGUAUUAGCUAAAAUGUUGUGUCGAUGGGUUUUCUUUAUUUGAUGUACCACUGGACAUUGUUUCGUUCAUCUCGAACUGUUUCUGUCGCAGAGCUCCGCAUUGCACGUUCAUCGAUGCUGAAAUGUACUGUGGGUAAGUUUCGAAUUGGCUUUCACUGGCAUUAAAAGCGGAACAAUGUCAUAAAAGAGAAUUGUUUUUAGUUAAUUAUCAAAUUUAUUUUCAAUUUAUCACUUGUUUAGAGUGUGUAUCCUAUAUAGCUUUAUACCGGAGUAAAGAUAAAGACAUGUGUAGGGGUUUUAGAACGGCGAAAAUAUAAUAAGAUAUUAUUAUUUAACGAA